AUGAGCACCACGCCACCCAAUAAUAACAGAGUCCUUCGACCUCUGACAAGGCCACCGACGAUGGACGAAAAAAGCGUCUUCCUUGCUGGCACAACAAGCAAGAGAGACUGGCGCAAGGACCUCAGCGGCUCACUGUCUCAUCUGCCGGUAAUCAUAUUCGACCCCUUCCGGCCGGACUGGGACAGCACGUGGAAGGAGGAUAUCGCCGAUGAGAGAUUCAGGAGUCAGACCGAGUGGGAGCUGGAGAUGCAGGAGAGGGCAGACAUCAUCGUGGUGUACUUUGAACCGGAUACAGAAGGCCACAUUAGCUUACUCGAAUUGGGGUUGUGUGCUCGGUCGGGGAAGGUCAUCGUCGCUUGUCCUGACGGGUACAAGAAGAGAGGCAACGUCCAGGUCGUCUGUUCGAAAUACGGGAUUCCGCUGGUGGAGAGUUACGAAGCGUUGUAUGUGAAGCUGGUACAGAGAUUGAAGGAAAUUUGA